AUGUCUGAACUCAACUUUAAUAACUCUCAAAGGGAGCAUCUAACUGUGCCACUCGAAGCUCCACCAGCGUACGAACCAAAACCUGAAGACGAAACGGACGUCGAGCAAAACGCUACACAAGAUAACCACUCCAACAUAACAAAGAAACUGAUCUCAAGGAGGUUUUUCGUCUCGUUCGCACUCGUCGUACUCUCGCUAUGGUUUACGAUGCUCGUACUUGACGCAGCGGGUGUGCGGCGCUCUGGCGUCAUUUAUUCAGAUCGGCACGUCUUUACCUCGCGCAAGAUUACUCGGAGGAACAUCGUUUCCGUCCAGCCGCCAGCCCGAUUAUUACUGAGGUGCUCGCAGACGGACGCACUCGCAUCCGUGGCGCCGAGCGACCCGAGUCCACAUAAAGUUUAUCGCGAAGGCAACGACCAUGCUCUAUACACAUUCUCGAUCGAUUUAUUAUCUUCUAUCUUAAUUUAUACAUUUAUCGGCAUUCUUGUGUUUCAAUCCCUUCUGCUGCGGACUUCCUCCGUUCGUUGGUUUCCACGGUACAUUGUACAAAGUACUUCUAUGUAUGCAUGUAAGAGGAACAUUGCGUAUUUAUUAUCUCGG